AAAUUCGAGGAAACUAAAAAGGUGGAAGGAAGAUGGCUGCAAAGUGUUCAAUGGUGCAUGAUGACAUUUACAAUCUGAAGAAGCGGGAUGAUUUGGAUAGUUGGACGAUUGAUCAGCUGGAUGAUGCUUCAGCGCACCUAGCAAGUGUAGAGUUACUUCUCUGCAAACUUGAGGAGGUUCAUCCUAAAAACGCAAUAUCUAUACAACUCGGGGCCCUAUUUGUAAAAGCUCAUAAGGGCUUUUCUAAGAUAGAUCAACCCCGAAGGCGUUCCACCAUCAGAACAGUGAUCUCAAAUGUGCUGAAAAUAUUCAAAUUGGAGAACACUGCUAAGCCACUCAAAGCUUCAGAAGCAUCAAGAUCAACUAGCCAAAUUAUUUCGAAUGUGCUGGCAAUAAUUAAGCCGGAGAAUAUUGCUGAGCAAAUGGAAGCUUCAAAGCCAUCAAGAUCAUCUAGCCGAAUCUCUAUGGAGAUCGUGGAGUUGGUGAAAACUUUGCUUGAUUGUACAGCGUCGUGCCUCUACCGUGUACACCAUCUUGCCCCUGAAUCUGUGCUUAAAAAGAAGUUGCCAUAUCUACGAGUCUUCUUAACUUUAACUGCAGAGAGGUGCAUUGAGCAUGAGAGUAUGAAAGAUUUCUUCACCCAUGUUGAGGAUGUAGCUUACACUGCAGCACACCUGUGUUUGUUAGAGUUUGACUCCCAUAGGGAUUACAAGUUCUCUAAAUUGCUGAAAAGGAUAAGUCCCGUUAAGCCUAAAUUGAGGCAGAUUUAUCUGAGUGUUUUGAUAGGGUCAAAGUCAUCAGGAUCAGAGACUAUAAUGAAUGCCAAUUGUAUGUCUGAUUAUCUUAAAUCUCUCCAAGAGGAUCUGCAAGAGUUGCUAAGCAACGAUGCCAGUUUGAAAAUUGCCUUUGAUGAUCCAAUUCCGUGGAUACAACAAGGACUUUCUUAUCUUUCUGGAUUUCUAAUGGACAUAGCAUCAAAAUGCAAUCCACUCAAAGAAUUCAAUUCUCUUCAAUCACAUAUUGAAGCUCUGGCCAUUGAGACAGCAAUUCUGAUUUACUCCUCCUAUGAUGCGGAGAUGGACAAGACUACUGAAAUUGACCCCGUUCUUUUUCAUUUGCAACAUAAGUUUACUCAUGUCAAGGUUGAAGUUGAUCUGAUUCAGCUACUAAACCGUCAAGCCACCAUAAUUGCUCCUUUAAAAAAUCUGACUGACUAUGUAUGGGGAGAGCUGAUAUUCUUGGGAACUUUUCUCGUGGAUUCAUUGGAGCAGUGCAAAGAACAUACCAAAAUAACUGAUCUUUUGACCCUUAUUCAAUCGGUGGCUAGCCAAGCAUGGUCAGGCAUUGAAUGUCUUUCUCAUAACUCAGAGCAAGAAAACUUGGCAAGGGAAAUUAAUUCCUUGCAUUUUCAAUUGCUUCUUAAAUUCAAGUUUAUUAAGGCAGCAAUUUCACAGAUGUGUCCCAAAAUUUCUGCAUCAUCAACACUGGACCAUCCUACAAUAAAUCUGCUGAACUUUCUUCCUAUUAACUUUGAGGUCAUUGAUUCUUAUUUCAACAUGCUAAAAUCCUCAAAGGCAUCAUCCUCAGAUGUCCCCAUGAUUCAUGAGGUUUUUAUGGGGUUUCAUGAAUAUGUUCUUGGCAAUCUAUUCCUGAAGGAUGAAACUUCUUUGACGGUUACUGUGGCAAAUGAGGUUAAAAAGUUUUUCUAUGGGUUGUUGCUCCUAGUAACAUAUCUUUUUGAUCCUCUAGUUCAGGGAAUUGGAUGCAUGAAGAAGAAUGGUCUCUUGACAGGAUUUGGAACUCUGGCAAUUGAGGCUGAAUCUGCUAUCUGUUUAAUUUAUGAGCAUGCUGUUGAUAGCAACAAAAGUAGGAAGAUCAAUCUUGUUCUUCAGUUUUUGGCUGUUGCUUUCAAGCUUAUCGAAUCUGAGCAAAGUUUUAUGAAUCUACUAAAGCACAAGACCGCUUUGAAAGCUCAAAUUUUGGAUCUGAUUGAAAGUGCUCAUGAAGAGCUUGUUUCUGUUAGAGCUUUUCUCAUGGAUGUUUUUACGCAACAUACUGAGCUUAAUGAAUUGCAUGAUCUCUUAAUGCGUGCUGAAGUGACUGCCCACAAGUUAGCACAAAUCAGUAGUUCUUGUUAUGAUAGUUUCAUAGACGAGAAAUACAUUGAGAAAAUGAGAGUUUGCUUAUCUAAUUUGCAACAAGAGAUCGAUUCUGUUAAAGUAGAAUUCAGAAUAAUAUGCUUUCAACUUCUGGAUGCAUCACCUCGAAACAUGAUAGAUGGAGAAGGCCUUAUUGAUUUCUUAUCAAACCCCGAGGACUGGCUGCUCAAUUGUGAUGCUUGUUCAAUUCCUUUUCUGAAGAAUCAGAUCCCAAUAGUCAAAGACAAACUAGUGUAUUUGGGCUCUUUUCUUGCAGAUAUUGUACAGUAUCUGGAUAUUCAUCAAGAGCUCAAAGACCUCGUGAAACGUGUUCAAGAUAAGAAGUAUGUUUGUCUCUUCCCCAUCAGGGAUUAUAUCCCUGCUUGUUAUUACAUGUUAUAUCUCUCUGAUGUCAAGCAAUUGCUCAAGUACGUUGAGGCAGAGGUCAAAAUGAUUUGUCUCGGAGUUCCAGACUCAUCAAGUUAUAGCUUUCCCAGGACAAAUGGAUUAGGAUUUCUAAAUUGUUUCUUAGGCAAAUUGGAAGAGCUGUUAAGUUCUAAGCUCGAUUCAGUUGUCGAUUUAAAGCAUCAAAUUGAAUCAGUCAAGGAGGGCUUAUUGUGUCUAAGAUCGUUGUAUGAUCAUUCCACAGAAAGGUUCGAUGAGCGUGAUGAAGUUUAUAGUCUGAUAGCAAGUGUUACUGAAGUGGCAUACAAGGCAGAGUAUAUCAUUGACUCGUGCUUGACCUUUUCUCAUCCACUCUGGUACAAAGUUCUUUUGAUUUCUGAAGUUGUUGAGAAUAUUAAGCUUGUAAACAAAGCUGUUAGUCAGACUUGCGAAAGAAAGAAGAUCGAUGAAGCAGUGCCCGAAGUUGCAAAGACCUCCACUAAUCUUUUGCCGUCUUUACCCACCAAUAUUCCAAGAGAAAAUGAAGAAAUUAAGGGAUAUCAAGAUGUGAUGAACGUACUAAAGAAGAAGCUACUGGAAGGAUCACCUCAGCUAGAUGUUAUCUCAUUGGUCGGCAUGCCUGGAAUCGGUAAGACUACUCUUGCCGAGAAGAUUUAUAAUGAUUCAAUAGUCACAUCUCACUUUGAUGUCCGGGCUCAGUGUCGUGUGACUCAAGUAUAUUCAUGGAGAGAUUUGUUGCUUACCAUAUUGAAUGGUGUACUUGAGCCUGUUGAUCGCGAUGAAAAAGAAGAUGGCAUAUUAGCUGAUGAGCUCCAUCAAUUCUUGUUGACCAAGAGAUUCUUAGUUCUCAUUGAUGAUGUGUGGGACAAUGACGUGUGGGACAACUUCCAUAUGUGCUUUAAAGAUGCUCGGAAUGGAAGUAGAAUUAUCCUAACAACUCGGCUGAGAAACGUUGCUGAUCAUGCUAAAUGUGAAAGUGAACCCUAUCAUCUUCGCUUAUUCAGUGAUGAUGAGAGCUGGACAUUAUUACAGAAAGAGGUGUUUCAAGGGGAGAAUUGUCCACCUGAACUUGUUGAUGUGGGGUUUCGAAUAGCAAAAUGUUGUGGAGGGUUGCCUCUCUCCAUUGUAUUAGUUGCUGGCGUUCUGAAAGAGAAAACGAAGAAAGAAGAAUUGUGGAAAGAAAUAGAAGAACGUCUAGGUUCGCGGAAUAUUGGUAGCUUGGAAGAGAGCACAUCUAUGAUUGGAUUCAGUUACAAGAAUUUACCUAACCAGCUGAAGCCUUGUUUUAUCUAUUUCAGCGGCUUUUUGAAUGGCAAAGAUAUUCAUGUCUCAAAAUUGACUCGGCUUUGGAUGGCGGAGGGGUUUGUAGAAGCAAAUACAGAAAAAGGACCUGAAGAUGCUGCACAAGGUUUUUUGGAAGAUCUUAUUAGUAGAAAUUUAGUGAUGGAUGUGGAGAAGAAACACAAUGGCAAGCUGAAAACAUGCCGCAUCCAUGAUCUAUCGCAUAAAUUCUGCUUGGAUAUGGCCAAACAGGAGGAUUUCUUCCUCCGUAUCAAUAGAUUCAGUGAAGAGGAUAACUUUCCUGAAAAGCCUACGAAAUACCGGUUGUUUAUUCAUUCUUAUGAGGAUCAGAUUGAUCUGUGGCAGCCAUCUCGCUCAAAUGCUCGCUCUUUACUAUUUAACGUGAUUAAUCCGGGUAAUUUUUUAUGGCCACGUGAUAUCUCCUUCAUCUUUGACAGCUUCAAACUUGUUAAAGUGUUGGAUUUGGAAUCCUUUAACAUUGGUGGUACUUUCCCCAGCGCAAUACAAUCUUUAAUACAUUUGAGGUACUUUGCCGCUCAAACUAGUGCAAACUCAAUUCCUUCAUCUAUAGCUAAGCUUUGGAAUCUUGAAACUUUUGUGGUUAGAGGAUUGGGAGUAGAGGUGAUAUUACCUAGUUCACUUCUGAAGAUGGUUAAAUUGAGGCAUAUACAUGUAAAGCAUCGUGCUUCAUUUAGUUUACAUGAGAACAUGGAAAAAUCUCUUGCUAAUUCUCAAUUAGAUAAUUUGGCAACAUUUUCCACUCCACGCCUCUCUCAUGGCGAAGAUACAGAGAUGAUGUUGAAAAAGAUGCCAAAUUUGAGAAAGCUGAGUUGCACAUUUUUGGGAACUUUUGGUUAUUCAAAGAUACUGAAGCGGAGGUCUGUUCUUUUCCCCAGAUUAGAGUUACUAAGUCACCUCGAAUCCCUCAAGAUUGUUUCCAACAGUUGUCCAGCUAAACUUCCACAUGUCUUCAGUUUCCCCUCAAGACUUAGAGAAUUGACUUUGUCAAAAUUUCGUCUACCUUGGAACCAAAUCUCGACCAUUGCAGAACUGCCUAACUUGCAGAUUCUAAAGUUACUUCUCAGAGCCUUUGAAGGGAACGAAUGGGAAGUGAGAGAUUCACAGUUCCCAAAACUGAAAUACCUAGAGUUGGACGACAUUAAUAUUGCACAGUGGACUAUCUCUGAGGAUGUUUUUCCUAUGCUUGAACAUUUGGUUUUAACGAAAUGUAAAAAGCUUAAGGAAAUCCCUUCUCAUUUUGAUGACGCUAUAUCUCUAAGAAGAAUUCAAGUAAACUGGUGCAGCUGGGCUGUUGCGAAUUCAGCCCAUGAAAUUCAAAGAAGGCAGCACAAAGACAUGCUAAAUGAUGCUUUCACUGUUACAAUACACCCUCUAGAUUGGGCUAGAUGAUCAUCUCCUUGACUCUUAUCUGGCAACAGAGGACACCUUUUGAUCGGUCGGCUGACUGAAUUGUGAAGAAUCAGCUCUGGAGCAAAGUGUUUAUGAUUAUAAUCGACUGAAGCUUGGCACAGAACACAAAUGCAACUGUUUCUCAAUGAAAUAGAAAGAAUGACAAUAAUAACUUCGGAGAUAUUUCAAGGUUUAUCAAAUGGAAAUGACAAGGUAACCUGGACAGCUCAAGGCAAAGGUGUUUUCACUCACUUACAGAAGAGGAUCAAAUCCCUCUUGCCUUUGGAGACAGAUCAGGAAAAACAAUGCUCUUCAAAACGUAUUAUGCUUUUCUUGGUUGGUGGCUCAUGAAUCCUGUUUGACUCGAGAUAACCUGCACAAAAAGGGCUUCCAGUUAAGUAAGCUGGGUGAUGCCAAAACAUCUUGUGUACUGUCAACUAUUUGGGAAGAAGAGGAAUCAAGAAGGAACAGAAAAAGGUGUGGAGCACAAUAUCGACAUGCAUUUGGUGAACACUUUGGAAAGAAGGGAGCAAAAGAUGUUUCGGUUAUAAAGAUCAAAGCUGACUUCGUUUUUUUUUUUUUUUUUUUGGUGUAACAGCCGCUUGUAAAUGAUGCUGAACCGCUUCUAGAUUUUGUUAGUUCUCUGCAUAGCUAGAAGAGAACAUACUUUUGACUUUUGGAUGUAACAUCACAGCACCAUCUUAGUGCUUCUUUACAUCAAUAAAUUUUCACUUACCAUUUCAGAAAAAAAAAAA